AUGAAACACUCAAUUUCAUUUCUUAAAAUAUUAUUUCUAAGGUCAAUCCUAUACCAAAAUUGUAUAACAGACAAAGAGGAUGAUUGUAAAUCUUCAGAUUUUUAAAUUGCUGGAACAAUGGAAUCAAAUACUGGCAUAUGUGGUUCAGGUUCUAAUAAAACAUUUAUUGGCCCAUUUGGUAAAAAAACUUUAGUUACCUAUAAUGUUCCCUACCUUCUCGCCAACAAAUAAGUGUAACUUUAGUUUGGAAUAUGGAAGUUUGACUCUUGGGAUAAUGAAGGAUUUGAGAUUAAGAUAAAUAAUGUUUUAAUGGAUAACUUAAUUGUAGGAAAUUUUGAUUAUCCCAAUUAAUGCAGAUAAACACAAUUGGGAGAUCACCUUUACCCUUUUUCCUAUAAUUUUUUACUGACAGAUACUCAUUUAACAUUAACUCUAUAAGACUUUUUAGAUUCGUCAUUACUUGAUGAAUCUUGGGGACUCAGAGACUUUGUUUUGUCACUUUCAUCUAGUUGUGUUAAUUUUUAUAGUGAAUGUAAUUAUACUGGAGAAUUAUUCCAAAUAUGUAAAGGUGAUAAAACGACGAGAUCUACAAGCUUACCCUAUGAAAUAAAAUCGAUUAUGAUGGAUUACGGCAUCAUCGUGAAAAUAAAAGAUCCAAACUAGUUGGGAGGAGCUUUAUAAGAGUAUUCGUCUUCAUAGCCCUGUAUAGGCGGCUAUAAGGUACUCAUAUAAGAAUCAACUUUAGUUCCCAAAAUAUAUUCCAUAAUGAUUAAUAAAGAUAUAAAUACAUAAAACAAAUGA